GCUAGUCACGCUGUGGAGUUCAAACAGGUCUGGCUGUCCAUGAGCUAUGCUGCUGCUAUAAAUAACCUCAGUGUCCCAAAUUGAACAACCACAGAGCACACUCAGGAGCUCAGCACACUCGUGUUCUUUAGUGGUAGGAGAAGCUUAAUGUCGACAGGAUGGGGCAUCAGGUGAUAAUAUUUGACUUUUCUGUCAUAAGAGGACUGUGGGAAACUCGAGUUAAGAAGAACAAAGAACGUCAGAGGAAAGAGAAAGAAAGACUAGAAAAAAGCUCAUUGGAGAAGAUAAAACAGGAAUGGAAUUUCAUACUAGAGUGCCGGAAGAAAGGCAUUCCUCAAUCAAAAUACCUCAAGAAUGGCUUUGUAGACACUGAUAAGAAGAUCUUGGACACUUACGGAAAGGCUUCUCAGCUCCAGAAGAGGCAUCCUUUGUCAGACGAAGCACAUAAGGAAAGAAACAAGUUUAUUUUUCAGCUUUCUGGAGAGCAGUGGAAGGAAUUACCAGAUUCUCUGAAAGAACAGGUCUAUCUGAAAGAAUGGCACAUUUGUAAUACAUUGAUACAAACUAUUCCAGCCUACAUUGGAUUAUUCAAAGAUCUGAGAGUACUAGAGUUGUCAAAAAACCAAAUCAACCAUCUCCCGGUGGAAAUUGGAUGCUUAAAAAAUCUCAAAGUGCUCAAUGUGAGUUUCAAUAAUUUGAAGUCAGUCCCUCCAGAAUUGGGUGAUUGUGAGAAUCUGGAAAAACUGGAUUUGUCUGGGAAUAUGGAAAUAACAGAGCUCCCGUUUGAACUAAGUAACCUGAAACAAGUCACCGUUGUGGAUGUGUCAGCAAACAAGUUUCAUUCUAUCCCAAUUUGUGUACUCCGGAUGUCUAAUUUGCAGUGGUUGGAUAUUAGCAGCAACAACCUGAAAGAUCUCCCAGAAGACAUAGACAGAUUAGAUCAACUGCAGACUCUUCUCCUACAGAAAAACAAGUUGACUUAUCUUCCACGAGCUUUAGUCAAUAUGCCAAAACUCAGUUUGCUAGUUGUAAGUGGUGAUGACUUGGUUGAGAUACCUACAGCUGUCUGUGAGUCAACUACAGGUUUGAAAUUUGUAAGUCUCAAGGACAGCCCGGUUGAAACUAUCGUAUGUGGAGACACUGAAGAAAUUAUAGAAAGUGAACGGGAACGGGAACAGUUUGAGAAAGAGUUUAUGAAAGCAUACAUUGAAGACCUAAAGGAAAGGGAUUCUACUCCUUCCUACACUACAAAAGUACUGCUUAGUCUUCAGCUCUGAAGAUCAAAAGUCUCUAAAUCACUACUAAAUAUCAGAACAAUUAUUUUUAUUCAUCUGAAUAGAAAACUCUGGAAAACAUAAAUGGCCAUAAGCACAUCAGUCAUCAUAACUUUUUUCAUUUGUUACUGUAGUUACUCCCAGUAACUAUAGAUAAAACAAAGAGCAGUAGAGCAUUUAUAAGAUGCUCUUGGACAUUUUAAAUCACCGCCUUUGCUUUCAAGUCCACCGCAACAGCCAUUAAUUUACAUAUAGACCUUCUGAAGAUAAAUAUUCACUGUAGUAAAUUAUUACAUGGGGAUAGAUGCCCUCAGGAUGAAGGCAUUGUACAUAGUAGUUGAAAGAGUGCAAUAUAAAUCAUCAUCUUAAAGAGAGAUCUGAUUUUAUAAGAGGAGAAGGAUUAAUUUAGAAGAAGAAUGUGAUCUGUUGUGUUGUUAAAACCGAAUAACACAUUUAGUUCUUUAACUAUAUUAAGUGUGAACACAUACUUGGUUAUUUGCAUUUGCUUUCUGUUCUUCAAGAAAAUUGUCCUCCUCAGGAUUUUCAGUUUAGAUAAAUUUUAACAGCUUUAUAUAUAGGGAAAGUGUAGCAAUUCCGUUGUUUUUUUUUGGAGUAUCUUCUAAGCUUUUACCUGUUCACAAAUUUAAAUACCAACAUGACUGGAAAUGCUGAACUAGCCAGUCUUAUAAUAUAAGAGUGUAUGUAGUCAUAUUUGAAAGAUUAAGCACUAUGGACAAAUACUGUCAGCAGAAUGAUCAUAAAGGUCUUCUACUAACACUUUCUUAUUACAGAAUUUGUGGAUAUUUAUUGAAGUUUUCCAUAUUAGUUAACAAUGAGUUUGCUGGAUAAAAAAUCACAUUGCUUGCUAUUUAAUAAUCUGUUUAUAUAUGUGUAUAUACUGUAGAGUUUCAGAAAUAUAGUUUUACACAUAUAUUUUGUUUAAUAAAUCAAUAUUUUUUAAUCUAAAUAGAGUCAAUACUUUGAGAAUUUAGACUUGAAUUAGACUGAAAUUAGAGAAUUUAAACAGUGCUAAACUUAGGUACGCAGUUAGGGAAAAUGAUAUUUACAUCUUGCUUUUUUAUUUUAGGUGACCACAGUUUUGUGCAGUAGGAAAAGAGACUUAAGUCAGCCAUACUAAAAAAGCAAAGCAACAAAAGAUGUGCUCCUCAAGACUUCCAAAUAAAAACUACCACUUUUAAUGUUUUCUUUCCUUUUUAACAUUUUGGAAUUCUUUCUUUAGAAAUAAGAGAUUUUGCGAGUAUUAGACAUGUUAUUUAUUGCAGUCUCAGACUCCUGUGGUUCUAUUACUAUCCAAAAUGAAACUCUCAUGAGUCAGUAUCUAGGUGUUAAUGACAAUUUUAAGCAAGUCUUGGAACAAAGAGAGUUUAAAAAUACUCCAAGAAAACUUGUCAUUUGUCCGAAGCAGAAUAGUGGAAGAUCCGAAUUUGUUUUUUAGUACAAAGAUUUUCAAAUAUGAUAAAAUAGAGUAAAUCAAAGAUGGCAUAUGGAAAUCAGGUUAUUUUAAACUACCCUGUCAAACCUUCUUUCAGUGCAGUUAUAAAUUUGGUUUAUUGGGUGUUGGUAUUCAUGUAAUAAACUUCUGCAAGAUAUCUCAUUUGACGUUGCUUGAAAUUCUAUUUCUAGAGUUCUGUUGUAGUCUAAUAUGAUCCACUGAAAAUAAUAGCUAUGGAAAUCACAGAUGCUGUGUUUAUGGAAUGGAUACGUCCAUUAUAGGAGUUCUAACUUUAAGAAAAUUUCGGUGUGCAAAAGUAACGGACUAAUGUAAAGUACCCAGUGUGAAAUCUAGUUUCAGAAUUGUUGGACACACAAACAGAAGGUACUUGAAGAGAGAAGUUGUGUUAGUACUUACUUAGCUUAUUAGUUCUGUUUGGAAGGGAACUUCAAUGAUCACCUAGCCCAACCCCUGUGCCGCAGACAGGGUUAUCUUUCAUUAGACCAGUUUUUUCAAAGCCCUGUCCAAUCUGACUUUCAAUACUUCCUAUGAUAAGGCAUCCACAGUUUCUCUGGGUGACUUGUUCCAAUGUCUCACCAUUCUCAUUGUAAAAAAUUUCUUCCUAAUAUCCAAUCUAAAUCUAUGCUUUUUCAGUUUAAAACUAUUAACACUUUAUGCCAUCACUGUAGGUCCUAAUAAAAAACCUCUUUCGACAUCUUUCUUAUGCCUUUAUUUAUUGAAAUGCUGCACUAAGGUCUCCACAGAGUCUUCUCUUCUCCAGACGGAACGAUCCCAACUCUCUCAGCCUUUCCUCAUACAAGAGGUGUUCCGAACCUCACACCAGCCCUCCUCUAGACCUGCUCCAACAGGUCCAUGUCUUUUCUGUACUGAAGGCUCUAGAGCUGGGAGCAGUACUCCAGGUGGAUUCCCACCAGAGCAGAGUAGAGAGGCAGAACCACCUCCCUCAACCUGCUGAUGAUACUACUUUUGAUGUAUAGUGCCAUUAGCUUUCUGGACUGCAAGGUCACAUUGCCAGCUCCAUGUCCAUUUUUUUCAUAAACCAGUACCCCAAGGACUUCCCUACAGGGCUGAGAGCUUUUUUGCUCAGCUCCCAUAGAAUGUUGUUCCCUAAAAUCUUAUCUGCAGGAAGGAUUAUUUUUGUCACAGAAUUUGUCGGGUACCUGGGUUUAAGGGGAGAAUGGUGUACGUGUUUGACUGUCUCCAUUACACCAAAGACAUCCAGUCUGACAUAACAGAUAUGUUAGCUGUAACUGAAAGUCCUAAUUUCAGCAUAAUUGCAUUUGA